CCUUUUGUUUUGCCUAUUUUUGUCGUGUAGUAGGCAGCAUUCAAAGAAAGCUUAAAGUAAAUCAGUAGGCAGACAUUCUUCUUCUUCUUCUUCUUCACAGUCUUUGAGGUCCCUGGAGACUAUCAAAAUCAACCACCAUGGAAGCUGAUAAAAUGUUGGAUAUUUAUAUACAUGAUUAUCUAGUGAAGAGAAAACUAGGUGCUUCCGCUAGGACAUUUAAAGCUGAAGCACAAGUUGUCACCAACCGUACUGCUAUAGAUGCUCCGGCUGGUUUUCUUCUUGAAUGGUGGUCAGUCUUUUGGGAUGUUUUCAUUGUUCGGUUUAAGAGCCCUGUUUCAAGCACUACUGGAUCUUACAAUGCGGUUCAAAUGAUGAAAACAUUGGAACAACAACAGCAACAGAAGGGUGUCCUACAAAAGCAACAGCAAGGUGACGAUACUCAGCUUCUCAGGGGGACUACCAAUGAGGUUAUCACAAAACAAAGUCCAGGGACAACAAAUGCUUUAACCAAAAGGGUUUACGAGAAUUACCCUCCAGCUCAGAGGAAUCCCCUAUCUGAGGCUAAUAAGACACCCGCAAACACAAGGAGUAGUGGAAGUUUUGGUCAGCAUUUAGAUGCAAAUCACAGCGUCAUAUCAAAUCUGGAUACCUAUGGGGACCAGCACUCGGGGCAAAUACAACACAGUGUUCCUGGUGGUAAUUUAAGUUUUUUUCCUCCACUAAUUGAUCAAGAUCAGCAACUCCGUGUCCCUCAACUGGACCAGAGCUUAACAAAUAUGAUGAAUCCAUCUUUGAAUUUCAAAGCUGCCGAGUCAGGAGCAGAUCAUGGAGUAAACAGUUUGCUUUUGAAAGGAUGGCCCUUUAUGGGACUAGAACAGCUUCAGUCUGGACUUAUUCAGCAACAAAGCUCUACUACUCACCUGUCUCAUCCCUCCCAACAGCUUCAGCAACAAGUUCAUAUGCUGCUUAGUGACCAGUAUAUGGAUAUGAAUCAAGGUGACCUUUCAAACUUCGGCGGGAACAUAGUAUUGGACAGAGAUUUGCCAGUUCAAGUGGGUCUUCCCCUUUUCUCUCUCACAGAUUCAGCUAUGCUGAAGAACACUAAUCAAAGUCAGGAACAAGGUCAACGGUCUGCACUUCUUGGCAAGCAUCCAGAAAAUCCUAGUUCCAGCAUCCAACAACAAGAUAAGAGCGUUGCUAGUGGCAGCACCACCAUGGAGGUUAGCUUGUUAAACACCUCUGGAGGUGAUGAUCAGGCUGAUGUUGUUCCUCUCAUAAACCAUGGAUCUGUGGAUAGCUCUGUAGAGUUCUUCCUUUCUGACAAUGCAGAUACUGAAAGCACAAUCUCGCGUUGCUUAGGCACCAAUAUUGCACUCUUGGAAAUUGGGACUUUCCGUUCCGGUACAGUUAAUUGCUGCGAUCUUUCAUCAGAUGGAAAGCUGAUAGCAAAUGGUGAGGAUAAAAAGGUUGUAUUAUGGUGCACAGAUUCACAAGAGCAAAAGUACAUACUUGAGGAACACUCUGAUGCAAUUACAGAUGUUCGGUUUGGUCCAAGAUUGCCACGGCUUGCUUCUUCUUCCCUUGAUAAGACUAUCAAAAUUUGGGAUGUUCACAAUCCAGGCCACUCAAUACGAUGUUUUACUGGCCAUUCUGCCUCUGUUAUGUCACUUGACUUUCAUCCAACCAAGGAGGACCUCAUCUGUUCUUGUGACAAUGUUAGUACAAUUCGAUACUGGAACAUUAAGAAUGGUGGUUGUGCAGGAGUGUCAAAGGUUGGUGCAACUGUAGUUAGAUUUCAGCCUAAUCGUGGGAAGUACCUUGCAGCUGCUGUUGCGAAUGGCGUAUCGUUAAUAGAUGUGGAGACAACUCAAACCUGUAGAUAUCCUUUGAAGGGUCACAUUUCCAAAAUCCAAGCUAUAUGCUGGAGCAGUUCCGGUGAGUAUCUAGCAUCACUCAGUGAGGAUAUGGUACAAGUUUGGAAGAUUGGCUCUAGUGGAGAGCAACAGUGCAUGCAUGAGCGAAGCGUAAAAGGCAAAAAAUUUCGUUGCUGCACUUUUCAUCCUUGUUACCCUUCUGUAUUGGUCCUUGGUUCAUAUCAGUGCCUGGAGCUUUGGCAUAUGGCUGACAACAAGAUGAUGAUUCUGCUUGAAGAACCUGUGAAUAGUUUAGCAGCAUCACGGUCCACUGGUCUAGUAGCUUCUGCCGGUGUCAACAAUUUAAUCAGAUUGUGGAAGUGAUAUUUCCAUCAAGUUCCAACAUUAUGUUGAAGUAAAGUUCAAGUACUGUUUAUUAUCAAAGGACUUGACCUGACAACUACUGAUAUAUACCUUCAGAUUAGAUACUGUCCAUAGUAGACUAACAAAGUCUCUUAUUAGCAAGUGAAGAUAUGUUUUAUCAUGUUUUGCAUUUACACCAUCUGCUGUAUACAUGCAAACAAAAAAGUAAUAGGGUUUUUUUGCUA